UUUGUAUGUAGUACUUCUUUCAUCCAGAAGAGGCAGUGUUGUGUUUCCUUCUGCAGGUAAAACACUGAAAAUAGAGCUGUAACCAUUGCUCACUUGUUUUGCAGCACAGCCCCCCAACAUCGCCCCCAACCCUCCACUCUCAUGCACCAGCUCUCACUUCUCUAUCUGCAUUGGAAACUGUGUGAGUUUAGAAAAUCACUUGCGUCAGAGCUCUUUUCUGGCUAUAUAAGCUGAAGCGACUGCAGCAGAGCCACCAGAUCAGUGUUUAGGAGGCUGAUCGAGCUGACCAGGGUACCAAGGCACGGAGCAGCUUGUCCUUGGAGCCAUGAGUGCUGUCGGGUUUGACCCUUUCUUCUCCUCCUCUUACAAGCGGUGGUAUGUGGAGAGCAGCCCUCGGGUAUCUCAGCGUGGCCGAUCACGCACCACGUUCUCUGCCCAGCCCCCUUCUCUCUCCUCAACCCGUAUCCACUAUGCCUCCCCUGGCCGGACUUCUGCCUCUUUGCUGCUGAGCAGCCCUGGCCGAUCCAUGGACAUAGACCUCAGUCAUGCUGCCCAGGUGAGCUCAGAAUUCCGGGUAGUUCGAACUCAUGAAAAGGCCCAGCUGCAAGACCUCAACGACCGUUUCGCCGGGUACAUCGAGCGUGUCCACGAGCUAGAGCAGCAGAACCGUGCUCUGGAGGCUGAGCUGCUCCUGCUGAGACAGAGACACGUGGAACCCUCACGCCUGAGGGGCCUGUACGAGCAAGAAAUCCGAACCCUGAGAGCUGCCGUAGAGGAAGCCCGUAUGGAAAGACAGGCCGCGCUGAGCCACAGAGAGAGCAUGGAGGAUGCUUUGCGCAGCCUGCAGGCUGGCUAUGAGAGAGAGGUGGAAGUCCGUGAGGAUGCAGAAGUCAGGCUGCUGGAAGCCCGCAAGGAGGCAGAUGACAAUGCUUUGGCUCAGGUGGAGCUGGAGAAAAAGGUGGAUACAUUGCUCAAUGAGCUGGCUUUUCUGAAGAAGGUCCACGAGGGUGAGAUCUCAGAGCUGCAGGCCCAAAUUCAGUAUGGAGCCCAGAUUGCGAUUGAAGCGGAGACCACCAAACCCGAUCUGUCCAGUGCCCUGCGGGAUAUUAGAUCCCAGUAUGAGAAGCUGGCAGCCAAGAAUAUCCAGUCGGCUGAAGAAUGGUUCCGUAGCAAGAUGGGCAAUUUGACGGAGAGUGUAGCCCACCAUUCCGAUGCAAUGAGGAACUCGAAGGAUGAAGCAGGGGAGUAUCGCCGUCAGCUCCAGGCGUGCGUCCUUGAGAUCGAUGCCUGCAGGGGCCUGAAUGAGUCUUUGGAGAAGGAGCUCAGAGAGGUGGAGGACAAACAGAGCGCGGAGAUUGCAGCCAUGCAGGACACGAUCAGUGACCUUGAGGAUGAACUUAGAGCAACUAAGGGUGAGAUGGCAAGGUAUCUUAAAGAAUACCAGGAUCUUCUUAAUGUCAAGAUGGCGCUUGAUAUUGAGAUAGCUGCUUACAGGAAGCUGCUCGAGGGGGAGGAGUCUCGCUUUAAUGUGGGCGUGGGAGGUUUGGUCGGCGCUUACUCCGUUGGUCCCAUCUACUCCAGGCCCAUGUUCUCACUGAGCUCUGGCGCCCCCUAUCUGCUUGGCUGUCGCCUUGUCGGCACAUCUUUCUCAGCCGAUGAGGCCGUUACAUCCAGUCAGGCUCAACAAGCUGAAGCCAGUCCAACACAGGAAGAAGAAGAAGAAGAGGAGGAGAAGGAGGAAGAAGAAAAGGAGGAGGAAGAAGAGCAGAAGGAGGAGGAGGAAAAAGAAGAGGAAGAAGCUACAAAGGAAGAAGAGGAAGGUGGUGAGCAGGAAGAAGAAAACGAAGAUGAGGCAAACCAAGAAGAAAAGGGAGAGGAAGAGGAGGGGGCUGAAGAAAAGGAGGACGUUAAAAGGGGAGAUGAAGAGGAAGGAGAGGAAAAAGAGGGAGAAGGGGAGGAAGAAGAAGGUGAGCAGAAAGAAGGAGAGGUGAAGGGAGAUGAGAAAGCUGAGGAGGAAGGGGCUGAUAAAGAGGAUACUGAGACAGGAAAAAGUGAGGAAAAAGCUGACACGACUGCUGAUACAGACAAAGAGGAAACCAAGACAGUUAAAGACAAGGGAGAGAGUGAAACAAAAAAAGAAAAAAGUGAGCCUAAGACUGAAAAAGCCAAAGAUGAGGUGAAACCCGAACCACCCAAAGAGAAAGCCGAGGAAAAAACAGAGUCUGUACCCGAGCCACAGUCAGUCAAAGAUAAACCUAAAGAGGAGCCAGAGAAACCCAAAGCGAAAGAAAAGGCAGAGCCAGAAAAAGCCAAGGGCAAAGAUGAAGGAGAGAAGGGCAAGAGUGAGAAAAAGGAAAGUGUAAAGCAGGAAAAGGGUAAAGAGGAAACUGAUAAACCCAAAGGGAAGAAGUAAUGAAUCGGAUGUACAGUAUAACCGCACAAAUACCAGUAGCCUGACCUGCUUCUCUAGUCUGUUAUUUAUCAAUGCCUUGAUAAAUAGUGCUCAGUGCAAUAUAUGUUUGACAUUUUAUCAGCUUUAAAAAAAUGAUUGUUUUAUGACUUUGAGAUGCAGAAUGAAUGUCUGCUUGUAAAGAAGAUAUUUUGAAUGAAGCAACUUUCUUGCAAUGUAUUGCAAAAUGUGAAAUGAUGCUUUUAGUGCAAUAAAAGCAAAUGUCUUGAUGAUCAAAGCAAUUUCACUGUUUGUUGGUGUAAU